UUCAAUGGUCUGGAGUCACUCACCGACUGCUGUGGUGGUGAUGGGACGACCGCAAGGGCCAUCGUCAAGGCCUUCCCGCAUAUCAAGUGCAAUGUGUUGGACCUUCCAAAGGUGAUCGAGAAAGUCCCAAGUGAUGGUGUUGUUAACUAUGUCGCUGGUGACCUCUUCCAUACCGUCCCACCAGCUCAGGCCGUCAUGCUCAAGCUUGUUCUACACUUCUGGAGCGACGAGGAUUGCAUCAAGAUCCUCGCUCAAUGCAAGAAGGCCAUACCUUCCCGAGAAAUGGGAGGAAAAGUGAUCAUCAUAGACAUAGUGCUUGGAUCUUCUCUAGAGACAAUAACUGAAACCGAACUGCUGAUGGACAUGCUGAUGUUCAUAUGUACCAGAGGACGGCAACGGGAUGAAAAGGAGUGGAGCACGAUCUUUACGAAAGCAGGGUUUAGCAACUAUAAGAUUGUCAAGAAACUUGGCCAUCGAGGUGUCAUCGAGGUCUAUCCAUAAGGUUGGUGCAGAUGCCCAUCUGGUGUGUGUUCUAUAUGAAUAGUAGUGUGAAAUAAGAAAUAAAGAAGUACAGUGCCUUACUCGUCAAUGGAAAAUGCAACAAAUUCUUAAGUAGACGAAGUGGUAAGGGGCCGGUCGCUUGAGAACUGUAUGCAUGUAACCACUCAUAUGUAUGUAUGUAUGUAU